AUGCCGCAGCAUAACGACGGCGGAGACGUGGCGGUGAGCGACGGAUCGACGUCGCUGCAUCCGCAAACAGCGACGAAGAGGCCGACUAGGCCAGAGGACAUGGGCCUUCCACCAGCCAUCCUUGAGGAGCUUCGCCACAUCUUCCCGCACCCACCCGACGACGCCUUCGUGCAUGUUGGGCGCUGCGCCAGCACCGGCAAGGACAUCACGCUCUGCUACAGCACCUUUGGUGACCCGUCAAACCCAUGCAUUCUGCUCAUCAUGGGCAUGAACGUGACGUCGCUCAUGUGGGACACCCGCUUUUGCGACUACCUGGCUGCAGCUGGCUUCUACGUGAUUCGCUACGACAACCGCGACGUUGGCCUCUCCACGCACCUUGAUGAGUAUUCGUCGCCGUUCAUUCUUCGAAUGGCGCUGCCUGCCUGGGUAUCCAUCGGCGAAGGCUCCUUAGCGUACACGCUGGAGGACAUGGCCGAGGACGCCGCCGGUCUUCUGAAGGCGCUGAAGAUCAGCCAAGCGCACAUCGUCGGCUGUUCGAUGGGUGGCAUGAUUGCGCAGCUGCUGACGUUGCGGCACCCAGAAAUGGUGACGAGCUUGUGCCUUCACUCCACCUCUCCCGGUUCCGCCUGGCCCAGGGCGUCGCUGCUGAUGAACAUCCUUGACCAGCCAGAGAACACCCGUGAUGUGCACUCGGUGCUGGACUACCGCGUGCGCUUCUUCAAGGCAGUCGCAGGAGACAUGGCCUUCCACGAGCGUGAGUUCCGUCUGGGCAUGUGGUUCGACUUUGCGCGAGCGCCGUACCAGGGAGGUGGGCGUCGACAUCUGGCCGCUAUUGUGCGCUCCAAGGACCGCAGCGCUGCCCUCAAGGCUCACAUCAACCGAGGGACCAGCGCCAUGGCAAGCGGCGGCGAGCGUGGCAGCUCACCACUGCCGACAUCGGGCACGGCGCCGUCGCGAUGCAUCCCUGUGGUGGUGCUGCACGGUGGGAAAGACCCGCUAGUGGUGCUCUCCAACGCGCAGCAUCUCGCUAGCUGCAUCAACGGUGCUCGACUGGUCGUCUUUCCGAAGAUGGGCCACUACUUCUCCAAGGAGAUGCAUCGAGCCAUCGCGGACGAGAUUAUACUGAACGCGCGCACGGAUGCGGCAGCCAUGAUGAACGAGCUUCCAUCGUGA